CCUGAGCGGUGAUGCCAUCGGGUUAAUAUCCCACACGGCAGACUGGCGGAUGGAUGCCUGGCGAGUCCAGGCCCCAAAGCGUGCGUCGGGGGUUUUUGCAUCCAGAAUUAAUUAAUUAAUCAAAUCAAACACUGAUUCGGUCUCCUUUCGCGGCUUUAAUUUGCGGCCCGCGGAUCGGACUACUUUUACUACUCCAUUCCCUCGUUUUCCUUCUCGUUUCUUCUUCUUUCUCUUCCCUCCCUAUCGUUCUGCUCGGCUUCAGAGUUCGUUCUGCCUCCACGCUCCUUCUGGUGUUCAUUCACUGUCGCUCUUUAAGCUUGUUUUUGUGUUUCGUGUGAAUUGAUUUCGCACCACACUCUCUUUGCAACUCUCCGGCAGACUCGUUCUCUUUCAUCAACCUCCAUACUUCUCUUCUAGGUAUUGAUUGUCGCAUCUUCGAUCGUCCACUCCGUCAUCAUGCACUUCACCGCCAAGAUCUCCAUCGCUCUGCUGGCCGCUCUGGCUGCUGGCUCCGAGGCCAACAGCCAUGUGCGCCGCAACCUGCACCACCGUGACUUGAAGCAGUCCGGCUCCGUCUCUGCCGUGACCGUCUUCCCGACUCCGGCUCCCGCUCCCACCGAAAGCGCUGCUCCGGAGCAGCCCCCCGUGGCCGAGACUCCCAGCGCCCCCGCUGUCGAGACUCCCCCCGCGGCCGAGACCCCCGUCUCUCAGUCUACUUCCGCUGCUGCCGAGACCUCCGUGGCCCCUGCUGAGACCUCUUCCUCUGCCAUCCCCCCUCCUCCCCCCGCGGUGCCCACCUCGUCCGCCGUUGCCAUCCCUGGCACCUCCACCGCGGUCAUCCCGUCCUCUUCGGCGACCUCCGCCAGCUCGUCCGCCAUCGUGGUGCCCUACCCUUCGUCCUCGAAGAUCCCCUCCGGUGCCGCUGGCCAGGGCUCUUCCUCCAUCACCGCUGCUCCCGUUCCUCUGAGCACUGGUUCCACUGGCUCCGACGCCAGCGACAUCUUCUCCGGAACUGAGGAUGUGACUCUGACCUACACCCUGGGCACUGGCGUCUCCAAGUCCGUUGUCACCACCACUAUCCACAAGACUGCCACCAACUGGAACACCGUCUAUGCCACCGCUAGCAACGCUGGUUCUUCCGGCUCCGGCAGCGGAUCCGACAACGACUCUGGCAACGGCUCCGGCAGCGGCUCCGGUAGCGGUUCUGGCAGCGGCUCUGAGCCCGUUACUACUCUCUCCUCCACCUCCACUUCCGUCGUCACCGUCAUUGCCGUUCCCUCCUCGACCGGCUCUAUCGGCCAGCAGCACAACAGCGAGAACGGCCAGAACGGACAGAGCGGCCAGGGCAACGGAGAGUGCAAGCCCGAGACUGUCACCGUCACCGCCAAAGAAACUGUCACUGUGACUGCUGCUCCUGCCGCCACCAACAAGCCCGGUGAGAACCUCAUCAUCGAUGAGCCCACCUCCAGCGAGAAGCCCUCGCAGACUGGCAAGCCCGGUCAGGGCGCUGGUGAGGGUGAGGGUGAGGCCACCGCCACUGGCAUCCCCGCCCCCAGCGGACCUCCCUACGGCAACGGCACUUUCCCCAUCCACACCCCCAGCAGCAGCGCCAUCCCUACUCCCAGCAGCAGCGCCGUCCCCACGCCCUCCGGCUUCCUGACGAGCAGCAAGGCCGCCUUCCCUACUGCCUUCCGCCGCCGUCACCUCUAAGUCAUUCACAAUAUGUGACUUCGGGGGGAACCGUCUGUAAUUAGGUUUCCUUGUGUUUCUUCUCCGCGGCGACAUAUGCGCGCAGGCAGUGUAUCUACGAGAGGGAUAUCUUCCUGACUUUUUUCUUUAACAUUCUGGUACAAACUUUGCUUUUUUUUCACGAGAGAAACACACCGUCUCUUUCCACCCAAACCUCUAGACUUCUGCUUCUUCUGAACCACCUUCGGAUCGGUGGUUGAUCUUUCUUCACUUC